GGCAGGGAGAUUCAAACAAUUCCUAGUUACACUGCUUGCUGGUUUUGCACUUAUGGUUUUAGUUCAUGCCCAGGAUCAAACAGGCUUCAUCAUCAUAGAUUGCGGACGCGCGGAGAAUUCUACCUAUUCUGAAAAGACAACAACCAUUGACUACAUUUCAGAUGCAACCUUCAUAGACACUGGUGAAAGAAAGUUGGUAUUGCCUGAAAACAGAAACGACUACCAACAGCCUUACUGGACUCUUAGGAGCUUUCCUCAAGGAACCAGAAACUGCUACAAGAUAAAUGUUAAAAGUGGCACCAGAUACUUGAUCAGAGCCAGUUUCUAUUAUGGAAACUAUGAUGGAUUAGACAAAUUGCCAGAAUUUGAAUUGCAUCUUGGACCUAAUUUGUGGGAGUCGGUCAGUCUAGACGAUGCAACCACUCUCAAAACCAAGGAGCUCAUACAUUAUGUCCCAGCUAAGAGAAACUAUAUGCAUGUUUGUGUGGUGAAAACAGGCUCCGGGGUUCCAUUUGUAUCAGCAAUUGAACUGAGGCCUGUGCCAUAUUCAACUUAUCAAACACAGACAGGGUCCUUGGCACUUUACAACCGAUUUGACACUGGUCAAUUAGCGCCUAAUCUAACUGGAUAUAGGUAUCCUAAAGAUACGUAUGAUCGAUUCUGGCGCAGUUAUAGCCGUGAUGACUGGGCACAAUUAAGAACCUCAUCAAUCAUUGACCCCAAUAGUUACGAACCAGCAUCUGUUGUUAUGCGUACUGCUGCCAUACCGAAACUUGCAACUGAUGACUUGAGUUUCUACUGGCUGCAGCCUGAGGAUGAUAAAAAUGCAGAAUUUUAUAUUUACAUGCACUUUGCAGAAGUUGAAGAACUCCCAGCCAAUCAGUCUAGACAGCUUGAAAUUACUAGGAAUGGAGACCACUUCUAUGGGCCAUUUGCUCCUGAUUACUUGGAGACAUCUUCUAUUUUUAGCACUACGGCUAUGAGUGGACCAUACAAUUUUAUAGUCAAGAAAGGAGCCGGCAACUCUGACCUUCAACCUAUCCUUAAUGCCGUUGAGAUUUAUACAGUUAAAGAAUUCUCAGAACAAGAAACAAACCAAGAUGAUGUGAAUGCAAUCACAAACAUCAAAGUAGCAUAUAAAAUUGAAAAGAAUUGGCAAGGAGAUCCGUGUUUGCCAAAGAAUUACUCAUGGGAAGGACUAAAGUGUAGCUAUUCUCCAGAUGAUUCACCGAGAAUCAUUUACUUGGACUUGUCAUCGAGUAGAUUAACAGGGGAAAUAGAUGGUUCCAUAUCCGCUCUCACGAUGAUACAGACUUUGAAUUUAUCUAACAACAACUUAACAGGACCAAUUCCGGACUUUUUUUCUAACAUGUCAAAUUUAAAUGUCCUAAACUUGGAGAACAACAAGCUCACAGGCUCAGUUCCAAAUGGACUUACAGAAAGAGUGCAAAAUGGUUUACUAUCAUUAAGUUUGUGCAACAAUCCAAAUCUAUCUGAAAAUGUUUCUUGCAAAAAAAAGAAGUCCGCAGUCUCCGGUUAUGUUAUUCCCAUAAUAGGGUCAGUCAUCGGAAUUACAGUCCUCUUAUUGAUUGUAGCAAUAAUCUUCUGGCGUCUGAAGAGGAGAAGACAGCAUGGAGCUGUCAUAGAGGCACAGUCCCCCAAUGGGUUAGUGGAACUUGAGCCAACACGACGACAGUUCACAUACCCAGAGAUCCUCAAGGUCACUAACAAUAGACAAAGGAUUCUUGGAAAAGGUGGAUUUGGAACUGUCUAUCAUGGCUAUCUUGAUGACAAUACUCAAGUAGCUGUUAAGCUGCUUUCGCCAUCAUCAAGUCGAGGGCUUGAACAAUUUCAUGCAGAGGUUAAUCUUCUUAUGAGGGUUCAUCAUACAAACUUGACUAGCCUUGUAGGAUAUUGUGAUGACGAAAAGAACAAAGGACUCGUCUAUGAGUACAUGGCUAGGGGAAACUUACAAGAAUAUCUUUCAGAUAAAAGUCCAAAUGUGUUGACUUGGGAUGGUAGACUUCAUAUAGCAACAGAUGCUGCACAAGGACUGGAGUAUCUACACUAUGGUUGUAAACCUCCUAUGAUCCAUAGGGAUGUCAAAACAACAAACAUCUUGCUAUCAGAAAAUUUCCAAGCAAAACUCUCUGAUUUCGGUCUCUCUAGAAAUUUCCCUGCAGAAUACGGGACACAUAUAGUUACAGGUGUUGCUGGAACCCCUGGCUAUCUAGCACCGGAGUACCAACAACUAAACAGGUUCAAUGAGAAGAGUGACGUCUUUAGCUUUGGGAUUGUGCUGCUAGAGAUUAUCACAGGUCGACCUGCUGUUUCCAGGACACGAGAGAGAAUUGUCAUCAAUGACUGGGUUGGAUCAGUCAUUCCAAAAGGAGACAUUGACGCUAUUGUGGAUCCGAGGUUAAAUGGAAUCUUCAAUGUUAACUCUGCCUGGAAACUAGUGGAAACAGCAAUGGCAUGUGUCUCUGCUGAGGCCAAUAAGAGGCCAAACAUGAGUAAAGUUGUUGGAGAACUGAAGCAGUGUCUGAAAAAACAAAUGUCCCAAAGAGACCAGAACAGCUAUGAAUCUGAACUAGGGAAUGAAUUUGAGGUUGUGUCUCAGAAUGGCUAUUCGAUCACUAUGCUGCGUCCCUCAGUUAGAUAGCGCUGUGUUAGCAAUCGUGUGCAAAAUAAUGGGUAUUGGAAUGUGAUAUUUCAACCCUGCAGGUUAGCACUUGUUACAAACUUGCAAUGCUUAGAUCUCUGUGUAAUAUUAAUUUUCUG